CCCAGAGCAACGGACGUGAAAUCGUGUAUUUUUGUGGGCUGUGUAUUAUAUCGUCGAGCGUCGGUAAAACUGAACGUAGAAACGAGAUAAACUGAACGAAAGAGCCCAAUUUGAAUAGAUAGUGAAUUGGAAAUAAGAAAAUAAAGUCAUUUCAAGUUUAUAAUAAAUCUUUAAAGUUCUUAAAAAAAACUUUAUAAACAAAAUCCCCAAAGGCCAUGUGGUUUAAUUGAACCAGCUGACCCGAACAACAUGGUGAAGAUCGAGGAAGGUCUGCCGUCCAGCGAGAUCAGUGCCCAUAGUCAGCACCACUUUCAGCACCACCACCCACCACACCACCCGCUGCCACCCAUCAGCCACCCACAUCACCCGCUCCAAAGUACCCAUCCCGUGGGUCUCAACCUCACCAAUCUGAUGAAAAUGGCCAGAACGCCCCAUUUAAAGUCCAGUUUCUCCAUAAAUGCCAUACUACCCGAAACUUUGGAGCAUCACGAUGACGGCGACGAAGAAGAGGAAGUGGAGAAAAAGUCGCCGGCGAAAUACCCCCCCAAUCACAAUAAUAAUAAUCUGAAUGCUACAAACUGGGGCGGUUCGGAGGAUCAGGAGGCGGAAAGUGAUCCCGAAUCGGAUCUAGAUGUGACCUCCAUGUCGCCGGCUCCAGUUUUGAAUACCAACGAAAGCGAUCCCGAUGAAGUGGAUGCGGAUGAGGAGUUCGGAGUGGAUGAGGAUGUGGAGUGUGAUGGUGAGACCACCGAUGGCGAUGCCGAGAAUAAAUCCACGGAUGGCAAACCGGUGAAGGAUAAGAAGGGCAAUGAGAAACCGCCGUAUAGCUAUAAUGCCCUCAUCAUGAUGGCCAUUCGGCAGAGCCAGGAGAAGCGUCUCACCUUGAAUGGUAUAUACGAAUACAUCAUGACCAAUCAUCCGUACUACAGGGACAACAAACAGGGCUGGCAGAACUCCAUCCGGCACAAUCUUAGUCUCAACAAGUGCUUUGUGAAGGUGCCGCGGCACUACGAUGAUCCCGGGAAGGGCAACUACUGGAUGUUGGAUCCCUCGGCGGAGGAUGUUUUCAUCGGAGGAUCGACGGGCAAGUUGAGGAGGAGAACCACAGCUGCCUCUCGCUCGAGAUUAGCGGCAUUCAAGAGAUCCCUGAUAGGACCCAUGUUCCCGGGACUAGCCGCCUAUCCUCAAUUUGGCCAGUUCUUGACCUAUCCACCGACGGCACCAAGUUUGCUGGCCAGCAUGUAUCAGCGUUACAAUCCCUUUGCCCCGAAAAGUGGCCCUGGACCAGGAGGACAUCCGGGUAUGGGCUUACCACCGGGACAUCCAGGACACUCGCCACCGGUAGGACCUCCACCACCGCCGCCCCCCUUUGUUGCACCACCGCCCACGACGAGCAGCGAACUCUACCAGCGAUUGCAGUACCAACAGUUGUUGCAUCAACACGCCGCCGCCGCCGCUUUGGCGGCUCAUCAGCGGCAACUUUCGGUGGUGGCAGCCUCGGCAGCGGCACAACAACAACAACAAGCACCGCCUCCGCAGCACCACGCCCACCUGGCAUCCCAUUCGCCGGGCGGGGAUUCCCCGGGACCCUCGCCACAGCCCUCGCCGCUCAUCAAACCCGUCACCGUUGUCUCCCGCAACAGCUGAAGAUUCUGCUGGAGGAGAAUCCCCAUCUGUAGCUCAUAAGUAAUCACUGUACAUAGAUAUAGCCGCGACUGAGGCGCUAGACGCUUGUAAAUAGUUGAAGAAUAGGGGGAAAGAUAAGAAAAUCAAGCAGGAGCUGGAAAAUUCGGUUAACCGAAUUUAAUAAGAACCUUUGCAGAGUUGGAAAACAAAACUUAAAGUAAAUUUGAAUAAAAUAUAUAUAUAAUAAUAAAAUAUAUAUAUCAAUUUCACUUUAAUACCUAAAACAUAUAAUCCCAAAACAAAAUGAAUUAAAAUGUUUUUUUUAUAUAUUGCAAUUAUGUAUUUUUUUCAAGGCACAACAACCGCUAAAAAUCAAAAUAUUAUUCCGUACUAAACCAAUUAAUGUCUGUCAUAAACGAAAAAGGCCAUGAAAAGCUUAUGAUUCAUCACCUUGAAAUUGUUAUAAAAAAUUCUUGUAUAUGGAGCAAACUUAAAAACCCUCAAAAACCCGAUAAAAAUACCUCUGCAAAGGCUUUUCCAAGCGAGUGUUUCAAAGUUGGUAACUUGUUGUCACAUAUCUACAAAAUAUGUAUGUAAUUUUAUUAACGAUACUUAAGCGCUGCAGGCAAAGAACUAAGCACUAUUUAAUUUAUAUAUAUUAUUGUAAAUUUAGACACCGAACGAAGCGAU